AUGCCCAUGCUUGCUGGUGUUGGGCCCAUCAUCCUACUUGCUAUCCUCAAGGUUGGAAGUUCCAUACGAAAUAUGGAGUACUCCGUACGGACGUGGUUGGUUAAAGCAGCCCCUAAGUCCUUUUCAGUCUUCCGCCUGGAACGGGCCCCCGGAGAUAUGGGCGAAACCUAUUUCCGAUGCCCAAACCACAGGGCCUUCUGCUAUACCCCAAAUCGCGUUUUCAAUGCUGAGCGAUAAUGGCAUUUCAUUUUCUAUCAAUUAAUUAACACGGGCCACCCAAGAUUGAUCCCAACGAGGUUGUACCUUCUUAGCCCCCCCCAGCCCUAUUGAUCGCUUAGGUGUUACACGAAUACCUGGGCCUUCUGUUGCGCGUGGCGAAACGCGUGUCUUUUACAGUGCGAUGAAGUUGGAGAUUGCCUAAGGGUCUGCCCGGGGUAUGAUUUCCCACCUCUCAACAGUUAUCCACCGGCGGUGCGAUCUAUUAGCACCAUCCUCGAAUACCUAGGUAAGACUCACGUUGCUUUCAUCUUUCUAUGAUUCUAUCCGGCCCCAACAUUGGAAGCGGACUUCAUGACGGUGAAUCCAACCGAAGAGUUCGUGAUAACUAUGAGCUAGCAUGUGUCCGAACGUUAUCCCUUCAUGCGUACACCUGUGCCUUUGACUCCUUUUUAGGUGUAAUAAUCAAAUUACACUUAGCAGUUUUCAUCGUUGAUUGACAUUUUGCAUUUUUGGCUUGAUGAUGAUGGGAUGUGACGAAAAUUUUUACGUGGAAAUAGCACCCAAGGUUCAAGCGUACAGACGAGGGAGGCUGUAUGUUCUUGCGGAUUGUCUUGUUGUGGGCUGAUAGCGACAUCGGGAUCGCGAAGUAAGAAUUGCUGCAUCCCUAAUGGGUCAAGAGGACCGACACCAGGAGUUCAUGUCCAUGCCAUGAAGACUCUAGAAGUUUGUCAAGGAACCGUGUAACACUUUGAUUGUUACGGAGUACUUCGUAUUGAUUUCUGGGCUUUUGUUUUCUUGACGGGCAUUGAAAAGGUCUGGCUCUUUCAUGCGUGGCAGAUCUGUCUAUAGCCUCAAAGGGAAUAAUCGGCGAUGUGGGUUGCCGGCGCUCUAUAAUUGGUGGCAUUUCACGUCCUAUGUUACAUUUCUGCACAAUUUAUUUAUGUAUUAUAGGGUGUUGUUUGCAAGGAGCGACCGAAUUUGCGUUCUUUGUCUAGCCCCGAUGCGCCUCCUCAACAUGCAUAUCGGGCGGUCAA